UUUCCCAUAAUUUGUGUAUUUUUACAAAAAACAAAAAAUGUUCACAAGUAUUUUUGGAUAAUUGUGAAAUGUUUCGCUGUUAUAUAAAAGCGUUAUUUCUAAUAUUUAAGUGACAAAAGUAGUAGUAGGAAAAUUUUAUAAAUUGGAAAAGAAAACGAAUAUUUCUAUUUUUUGAAAAAAAAAAGUAGAAAAAACAAAAUAAAAACAAUUUAACUUGCAACUGAUGUCUAUCGGCAAUUACGGAAUUUCCAGAGAAAUUAUGAAAGACACGCCGUACAACAUCAUUCCACUUCAUCAUAGGCCUGAAUUAAUGAAUCAGUGUUGUAAACUUUUAAAUUCAGAGUGGCGACGAAGCGAAAAAGCACGACUCAUCAGUUUGAGUUCGUCCUGUGACAAAUUUCCAACAUCUCUAGUUUUACUCGACAAUGAUAAAGUAAUUGGACAUUGUAAAAUUUCUUUAAUACCCAGCAUAGACGAUUGUUGUGUCAUUGAAUCUUUUAUGAUUAGUCGGGAUAAUCGAUCACAGGGUUUAGGUUCAAUUUUAUUGCGUGGUGUUGAACAAUAUGUGGCAAAAAGAGGAAUAAAACAAAUUUUAUUAACAACACGCGAUCAAGAGGGAUUUUAUCGUAAAAAUGGCUAUUCAAUAAGUGAACCAUUAAAUCUUUAUAAACUAAUGGAUUAUAUGAAUUCAAUAAAUGAAAGUGAUAAAGAAAAGCAAAUUAAUUUAAUUAAAAAUAUAAUUAUUGAAAAAACAAAUGAGAGACGUAAAGAAUUGAAAACACAACAAAAUAAUGCAUUUUCUGGAGCACCACCUCCGCCACCAUUGCCAAAUCUUAUUGAAAAAAAACGACAAUAUGAAUCGCCUUACACUUAUAUGUGUAAAAAAUUGUCUUAAAAUUUAUAUAUAUUUAUAGAUAUAAUUCAAAUAUUUUUAUUUAUUUAUUCUUAUUGACAAAAAAAAAAAAAAAAUCACAACCUGUUACCUCUAUCUGUAAAUAUAUAUAUAUAGAUAUAAAAAAAAAAAUGUUAUAUCAUCGAAAAUGUACAAAAUAAAAUUAUGUUUUCUUUUAAA